AUGAUCUUGUAUCUCUACUUACCCUUUACUGUUGAUUUUCCAAUUCUCCAAUCCCUAAUCAACAUAAAUCAUAGCAGUAUCAAUGCCGAAGAAAGUUCCGCUGGACCACAGUACUCCUGCCUGGUGUUACAGGGAUCUGUAACACCUACUAGAGCCCCAGCUCUCCCUAUGCCUGCCCCCGCUCUGCUAGACUCCCCGCGCGGCGGUGCGCCGCCUGCGCCUAGACAGACAGCGGUCUGGACCGCUACGACUCCGCCUCAUGGCGCUAUGACCCCGCCUGAUGCUAUGACCCCGCCCCUGGCCUAG